UGGUGGAUAAAAGGGAUGGCGAUAAUAGGCGGAGAGAUAAUGGAGGUCGCACUGCGAUUAAAGAAACUAUGCGCAAUCUUCUCUGCACCUGUUUUUUUCUUAACAAUCACUUCCUUAUUAAGUUUCAAAAAAAGUCCAACUUCCUGUGAAGUGUUUCCAUAUGGCAAUAUCCCGAGAUCUUUGUGUGCAGCAGGGAGAAAGCAGCAUUAUCUAAAGAGGGUCGUUCACUUCGCCGAACAGUCGACAGACUCAAGCCGCGCUGGAUGGAUUGGCAUGGGGAAAGGAAGACGUUACCCUUUGGCUAAAAAGCUUUGCUCAUCAGUUUUUGCCAUGCUCAUUUUCUCGAUGUGUCUGAAUUCAGUGCGUUGCCAGCAGUGCAGGAUUCAGCGAUGUAAUGCCGAGUUCGUGGCUGCUACUUCUCCGGGGAUUGGAUUGCAAGAGGAGUCGGAGGGGGGAGGCGGUGGAAACGGCGGCGACUUUUGCAUCGCGCUGCGGGCUUACUCGCAAUGCACCAAGAAGACGGCCAAGUACUGCCGGGGGGACCUGGUCUAUCACUCGGCCGUGCUGGGCAUCAACGACCUCAUGGCACAGCACAACUGUUCCAAAACGGGACCCACGGCCCCGGUGAAGCCGUCGGGCACGGAGCGGAGCCGCCUGCCCGAGUUGUGCAGCUACCAGGGCAGGGUCAACUCGCUGAGCGACGGCGGGCAACAGCAGCCCCCCAAGUUUGCACACUGCGGCUUGUUCGGCGACCCGCACCUCAGGACGUUCCGGGACGAGUUCCAAACGUGCAAAGUGGAAGGUGCUUGGCCCCUGAUCGACAGUGACUACUUGUCUGUGCAGGUCACCAAUGUCCCCGUGGUCCGGGACUCUAGUGCCACGGCCACCAGCAAGAUCACCAUCAUAUUCAAGAGCUUCCACGGCUGCACGGAGCAGAAGGUGUACCAGGCCACCACGGAGGGCCUGCCGUCGGCCUUUGUGGACGGCACCAGGAGCGGCAGUGAGCGCGAGGGCGGGGGCAGCCUGCGCAUCCUGGAGAGGGUGGGCAGCGGGCAGGUGGAGAUCCAGGCGCGCUACAUCGCCACCACCAUCAUCGUCCGUCAGGUGGGCAAGUACCUGACCUUCGCCAUCAGGGUGCCCGAGGAGACGCUGAACUACGGCGACGAGAGCGUGUGCCUGCAGCUCUGCCUCCACGGCUGCCCCAGGAGCGAGCUGAUCAAGGAGCACACCCUCUCUCGCCGGCUGGGCGACACCCGGCUGCCGGGACCGCGGCAGGUCUACACGGUGGAGAGCGCCACUUCCAAGUGCCGGCAGAUCCUGCAGGUGGAGGACGUCUACUUCCAGUCCUGCGUCUUCGACCUCCUGACCACGGGAGACCCGGCGUUCUCCAUGGCCGCCCACGGGGCCCUGGAGGACCUGAAGGCCCUCCACGUCAACGUCCUCAAGCAACACACGUCCCCCAGGACAGCAGCGGGCAGAAACGGCACGCCGGCCUGUCACCCACCUCACCUCAUCUACCUGGCAUCUCUCCUCCUGAUCACAACCUUCAUGUAGUCAAUGUCUAUACACUCAGAUUGCAAAUUGUCUAUAUAAUAAUAUAUUGAGCAGUGUACAUAUGUGAAAAUGCAAGUGUAAAGUGCCUGUAUAUAUAGUUGUAUUGUAUGUCGAGAGGCUUCCCCUUAGAUUUCUUUUGUGUAUUCUUUUGUGUUUUUAAGAAUUAUUUUGGUCUGGUCCCAAGGGGCGUCUAAACUCUGCCUAUUAAACAUCUCCAGCUACAGAC